CCCCGCCCCCUCCGCGUCUCCUCCGCGGGCGGUGCGGGCAGCGCGGGGAUGCCUCACCGGACAGCGCUGUAUGAAGCCCCUCCAUCAGCAUGCUGGCCGAUUGUAUAUUCCCCCGACUACAACAUCACCUUCAUGGGGCUUGAGAAACUACAUCCAUUCGAUGCAGGGAAAUGGGGAAAAGUAAUCGAAUUUUUGAAAGAAGAAAAACUAAUUGCAGAUGACUUGAUUGUGCAGGCACGGGAAGCUACUGAUGAAGAUCUGUUGGUUGUUCACACGAGGCGCUACCUUAAUAAAUUAAAGUGGUCAUUUGUUGUGGCUACGAUCACCGAAAUACCACCGGUUGCCUUUCUUCCCAAUUUCGUUGUUCAGAGAAGAGUCUUGAAACCUCUUCGAACUCAGACAGGAGGAACCAUAAUGGCAGGAAAGCUGGCUCUUGAUAGAGGCUGGGCCAUCAAUGUGGGGGGUGGCUUUCAUCAUUGCUCAAGUGACAAAGGUGGAGGAUUUUGUGCAUACGCAGAUAUCACGCUGGCUAUAAAGUUCUUAUUUGAAAGAGUACAAGGGGUGUCUAAAGCCACAAUCAUUGAUCUGGACGCUCAUCAGGGGAAUGGCCAUGAGAGAGACUUCAUGGAUGACCAUCGGGUAUAUAUUAUGGAUGUCUACAACAGAUAUAUUUAUCCAGGGGACGGAUUUGCUAAACGUGCCAUAAAACGCAAGGUGGAAUUAGAGUGGGGUACAGAGGACACUGAAUACCUUCAGAAGGUACACACUCAUGUGGAAGGAGCAUUAAAUGAGUUAAAGCCCGACAUCAUUGUUUAUAAUGCUGGGACUGAUAUUCUGGAUGGUGAUCCAUUGGGAGGACUUGCUAUUUCGCCUCAGGGAAUUGUGAAAAGAGAUGAAGUCGUGUUCAAGGCUGCCAGAAGCCGCAGAAUCCCCAUCCUGAUGGUGACGUCUGGAGGCUACCAGAAGAAGACAGCGCGGAUUAUUGCCGAUUCCAUCCUCAAUUUGCACAACCUGGGGCUCAUUGGCUAGAAACUAGCAACGGUGGAGCUGGAAACCCCAAGCUCAAACAGAUAAGAGACUUUACUAAAGACUUAACCUACUUGUCACUGCGAUGGCAAGGUACUAAAUAUUAGGAAACGGCUUCCUGCUUUAGGAGCAGGAAGUCUGCACGUCAUCGCCAGGUUAAAUAUAACAUAUUUGAAGUCUCAACUUGUCUGUAAAGUAACACUGUAGAGAUAGUACACAGUCACAGAAUAACUGCGUCUUAACGUCUGAAGCUGUCUUCAGCAAAUGAAACGGAUCCUUUUAAGCUAAUUGAGACCUAUUCUCAAGGGUACUGUCAUUCACUUUAUAAUAUUACUGUAGAAAGCUUUAAUUGCUUCUCUUAUUGUUAUGGGUAGUCUGUUAUGUUGAAUGAGCUAUGCAGUUGGUAUCCAGAGACUGUCCCAGCCCUCUUUCAGACGGUGCAGUUCGGACCAUGGUGGGAGAAAUACGGACUAAACCUACUGGUGUUUUUGGUUUAGGUACUGCGUUUUAUUUAUUGCUUUUUUAAUUGAAAUGCUGUUAUAAAACAAGUUCUGUACAGGCUUCAACUGUCAGUUUAAUACUAAAGUUAAGUGCAAUACUAUAAAUAACGGUUCAGUUAGUUGGUUUUUAAGCCAUAGCCUAUCAGAAUGAAAGUUCAUUAAUUUAUAUUUUAUUCCUGUUGUUAAUAGUGACUUAAAUGCUACUCAUUAACACCUUGAGAAAUAAAAUACGAAAUGCCUUUGGUUCCAUAGGCAAAUGAGCCAUAAGGGCUCAGCAUUAACAGUCUGGGUUUUGCCUCUUUCAGAACGAGGCUUGCAUAUAAAAGACAGUAGUUACUAUGCAUUGUAAAUCACAGAGUAAAGAAACUACCAUGAAAUGAAAACUGAUUUUAGAGCUCUGAGAAUUGCAGGAUGUACCACGUGGAAAUAUGACGGUAUCUGUUGUUCUUGACAGCUUUUCAUGUGUCAAACAGUGAAGAAUGAAUUCUGAUCACAUCUUCUCCCCAUCCCCAUCCCAGCCAGUGCUGUGGUUUUCACCUGCUGGAGGGGUAACUCCUUGGUAACCAAAUCAUUCGUGUUUGCAGAUAAAAAUACAGUGAAAUUUCUACAUGAAGUGAGUGUGCUGACUUUAUAUUGGAGCUUCUAGGAGGAUUUGUGAACAAAAUAGUGCAUUCAAAAGCAAAUUCAGUGCACUAGCUGUAAAGUUUGGUUUGUUUAAUCCGGUGUAUUUUGCAAUAGGUGCUGUUUGUUGCAUUGGGUCAUAAAACGUACUAAACUAUAUAUCUUGCAAGAGCCUUUUUAACUUCCAAGCAUUCACUGAUUUGCAGUAGAGUUUCAUCUCGUGUUUAGGUUUGAGCCUUUUUCUGAAGGAACAUCAAUGUUUUCCCUGUAGUAGAAUCAGUGUGUAAGCUAUUUAAGGAACGUUUCUUUCUAAUUGGAAUACUUACCUCACUUAGUGUCAAUUUUUAGGUUGAUGGGGUCUGUUAAUUAUAGGAACUUGCACACUUGCUAUAAAUACCUGCUUUAAACCAGAUUUGAUGUAUUGCACUGAUCUUGAGUUGUGACACUAUUAGUAAAAAGCACUUUUAAAGUUCUUACUAGAACCAUCAGAAUGCAACUAAUUUGGAGGUUUAUUUUUUCUAUGCUGUCUGAUGUUACUGAGAUGUUGUUCUUUUGUAUAAUUUUUAUAAGAUUAUAAAUGACAUUUCUAUCAACUAAACCCCUCUCAUAAUACAUACAGUCUUUCCCAAAAUGUGUUCUGUUUGUGUUAACGUGUUUAUAUUAUUUUCCCUUGGCGGAGAUUAAAGUGAUGUUGGAGAAUGCUGACUGACUUUUCACUUCCCAUGGAUCUUGGCUGUCAGAAACUUUCUCUGGAACAGUUUAUUGAAAGGACGAGGUGAUGUGAUUUUUAUAGUUAAAAUGUAACUGGAACUGCAGCGGGUCUCAAGGGUGAACAGUACAAGGUU